GAAUUUGGGCUUGUAUUCUCAUUUUUUAUUUUUUUUCAAUGCGGAAAAGCACCAUCAAUAAUUAAAUUGAGACUGUUGUGUCUGGCCCUGGUAAUGACCUUUCUUGUUUGUUUCCUUUCAGAUGAUGCUUUUUGUAGUUGCAGAAAACUGGGAGGUACUCCUGAUCUCAAGUCUUCACUUCGGCUAUCCUGCAAGGCCUCGAAGUUGGUUCUCGGGGUAGAAACUCCGAUGCUUAAGUCAGCAAUAAUCAGAACUACUAGUUAUGGAGCGAGAGUAAAAGCUGAGUUUGAGGUCGGUUUCCAAUACCUUUCUGAGAUGGACCCUGAGGGUUCAGGGGGAUGUACACGUGUUGAUCCCUCCGAGAAACCCGGGCAACACGUGUCAAACAUCGCAGGAGCUUCACAUGAGGGACUGAUAGCAAAGAUAUCGUCUGAAGGAACACUAAGUGUUGGAGGGGAAGAAAGGGUGAGGGACGUGACUUCGAGCUCCGUUUCGACUUCGAGCUCGAGCUCGAGCUCGGGUGGGGGAAAUGGGGGUGGGACCCCAGCUAGUGGGGGAAAUGGGGGUAGGACCCCAACUAGUGGGGGAAAUGGGGGUAGGACCCCAAUUAGUGGGGGAAGUGGGGGUCAAGAGGGUAGCCUUGUCCCAACCAACAUUUUAGAGGUUGGUAACAAUUGGGGAAGGUGUUAUGACGAGAGUGAUGAGGUGGUGGAGGAGGUGGUGGGGUAUGAGUCAUGCUGGAGGUGCAGGGGGGAGCUGGGGCACUUAGUGGAGAACUAUACUAUCCCACCCCAUGUGCUGGUAAGGCCAGUAAGAGGCGAGGAGCGAGCGUGUUCGGCUCCAAAAGACCAUUGGAUGCCCUUGUACGCGCACUACCUGGUAGCUGGGCUCCGGUUUCCAAUCCCGGAGUUGUUGGUAGCGCUGCUAAAGGAAUACGGGUUGGGGUUAACGCAACUCGUCCCCAAUGGAGUUCGGUUGGUAGUGGGAUUUUUAGUAUACUGCCAACUUCGGGGGGUGCGAAUUCCAACUGUAGAUCUAUUUAAAUAUUUCUUUAUAAUCAAGGGGGGUAAUGGGAGGGACAAGGGGUGGUUUUACUUUACACCUCGGGUAGUUGGAGGGAGGAGUAGGAACCUGUUCACUGCAGGUCCUUUCUCCAUUAAGGGGUGGAAGGAGAAGUUUAUCUUUGUGGAUGACACGGAGUGGGGGAGGGGGGAUGGGGAGGUAGAAGAGCUGAGUAGGUGGAAGGGGAAGAGAAGAAAUCCGAACCAGUACCGACUAGGGGAGGUGGAGAAGGACGAGGUGAAGAGGUUGGAAAGGGGUGGGGGGGAGUUGGCGAACAUAAUGUACCUCACCAAUCUAGAGGUGGUGGAGUCAUCUGGAAUCUAUGGGAGGAGCUCGCUGAGCAGAGAAGAGAUGAAUCGUUUGAGAGCUGGGGGCAAACAAGUGCGACUUCCGGAGAAGAGGUCAAGGGCAUCAGCCCCCGGUGCUCAAGAGGAGCGAGUUGGGGGUGAGGCAUCAAGGCCUCGAGCUGAGAUUGAGGCCCCGAUCGAGUUCGUACCUCGGCCGGCCCCAAUGCAGAUCGACCCGGAACUUCGGGAAACCGAAGUGGUGGCGCCUGGGAGGGGGAAGAGCUCCGUUCCUUACCCCAGGCAGGUGGCCAACUUCUACAAUUCGGGGAGGACGGCUGCAAAGCGCUUCAUUGGCGCCCACUUCCUCGAGGUGGACCUGCAGAGGGCAAAAGAUGAGCUGGCUGCCAAUGGGGGGUCUAGGGUAGUUCUGCAAGACCUGGAGACUACAAAUUUGGUGAAUGCAAUGGUGGUUGAGUUCUUCGACUGCCUCCAAGAGCGGAUUGCCUUGGUGAAAAAGAACGAAAAGCUCAACCACCAGAAGGAGGAGGCGAAGAAGAACUUCAGUGAACUGACCUCAGAGCUGGAGAGGGUCAGGGAGGAGUUGGCCAACUCCAGGAGGUCUGCCGAGCUGGAGGAGCAGAAGAGAAGGAAGUGCGAGGAGGCACUUGGGAGAAAGGAGAACAAGCUGGCCGAAGUGAAGAAGUCAGCCGAGCUAGCGGUCCACAACUCUGUGGAGGAGCAUGUUUCAGACUUCGUCAAGUCUGCCACGUUCGCUGAGGUGGUGGACCUCUACCGCUUGCCAACGCUGGUGAUGGCCUUCGCUGACUGCGGCAAGAAGGUGAAGGAGCAGAAUCCAGAGGUAGAUGUGACGAGCAUCACCUUUGGUCCUGAAGAGGCAGGGGUGGAGGAGAACGGGGAUAGUAAGACGGCAGAGUUCCGUCCCGAGGUUAAAUUGACUUGGGAACGGGAUGAGGCUGGAAAGACUAUCCUCCCACCUACGUUGGACUUCGAGUUCGUUGCCGUUGAUGAGGAGGAGGCCGAGGUGGCGCCGAGGACGGAGGUGGCUGACAACAUUCGAAAUGAAGAAGUGGACCAACAACUUCAAAUUAUUGAUUGAGCUCGGCCAGCUCGUAUUUUGUACUGUUAUUUUUAGAAUUUGUAGCUUGUGUAAAGAACAAGUUGUAUUUGACUUGAAAUGAAUGAAUUGAAAUUUU